CGGCGAAGAAGAACUAAGCCACAUGAUGAAACAACAUGCUACUUUAUUUAGUCGUACUUACGUAGUUUAAGUAAGAAACGUUAUAUUUUAAAAGUAUUUUGUCUAGUAUACUUCAUCACCACAUACUCAAUUCAGACCUCGGUUCAUCGGAAACUUUGUCAAGAUGCCUGUCCUGUGCAGUAGCUGUGUUGAAAAGCGUGCUGUGCUGAAACGUCCAAAAACAGGCCACUCGCUGUGUAAGGAGUGCUUCUUCUGGGCCUUUGAGGAGGAGGUGCAUCAGACGAUUGUGGAAGCAAAGCUAUUCAAACAUGGGGAGAUAGUAGGAAUUGCUGCCUCAGGUGGAAAGGACUCCACAGUGCUCGCACAUGUAAUGAAGCUCCUAAAUGAGCGAUACAACUAUGGCCUUGAACUUAUGCUUCUCUCAGUGGAUGAGGGAAUCACUGGUUACCGAGAUGACUCCUUGGAGACAGUGAAGAGGAAUCAGCAACAGUACGAGCUGCCACUGAAGAUUGUGUCGUAUGAGGAGCUGUAUGGCUGGACUAUGGAUGCUAUAGUGAAGCAGGUGGGACUGAAAAAUAACUGCACCUUCUGUGGCGUGUUCAGAAGGCAGGCGCUAGACAGAGGAGCCAUCAUGCUGAAAGUGGACAAGAUAUGUACAGGUCACAAUGCUGAUGACGUGGCGGAGACAGUUUUGAUGAAUGUCUUGCGAGGGGACAUAGCUCGUCUGCGCCGCUGCACUGCCAUCUCCACAGCCAGCGAAGGUGAAGGGGUUGUGCCGCGCUGCAAGCCCCUCAAAUAUGCGUAUGAGAAAGAGAUUGUUCUGUACGCUUACUUUAAGAAGUUGGACUACUUUUCCACUGAAUGUAUCUACUCUCCCAAUGCUUAUCGUGGCUAUGCGAGGACCUUUUUAAAGGACCUGGAGAGUGUAAGGCCUAGCUCCAUAAUUGAUGUCAUCCACUCAGGGGAGAAUCUGUCUGUGCGGGAGGGGGUGAAGAUGCCUGUGCAGGGGACCUGCAACCGCUGUGGCUAUAUCUCCAGCCAGGCUCUAUGCAAGUCAUGUGUGCUGCUGGAGGGGCUGAACCGAGGUUUGCCAAAGCUUGGCAUAGGCAAACACCACCGCCUGCAUGACAGAAUCCUCUCCCAGCAGCCCCUUACUGAGAAGGAGGAGAGAAAGCUGAAAUCAGUAGACUUUUGACAAAUAUUAUCCUCUGUUUUAUUUACCGUAGGACUGAAGAUAUAUAAUGACAUUUUGGAAUAAACCACGAUUGUUGUCUUUUACACAGGAAAACACUAGUCUAAUGAGAUAAUCAUAAAUUUAAUAUUUAUUGAAAGUUUGUAUGGAAUAUUUUAAUUUAGUAAAACAUAAACCUUACAGACCCAUGAAGCAUCUUCAAAGCAUAGAAAGUCCAUUCAGUGCUGUUUUACAGCUGCUAACGUGGAUCACUGAGAUACUAUGUAGACAUACCUUCCAAUGGUUUUAAGAAUUUUGUGUUAACCUCAGUUAUAGAUUAAUGGUAUGUGUAUCCAGUUGUUUUUGUUGUAUGUGGGUUUCUGUAUUACACACAUAAUGACAGGAGAUGGUGGAAAUAUUUCAAGUUGUGUACACAUACAGUAGGUGUGUGAGAUGCAGAGACAGGGACUAAUCUCACUGAGAUGUUGUGCAUGUUUCCACUGCAAUGGAAUCUCUCACUCAUGACAUGUUUUAUUUCUUUAUUUUAUGCUACCUCUUAUGUCCCAAUACACCUAUCUCUGGGGAGGAUAUGAGUUAUGAUCACAUUCCAAGGUGUUUUAUGAAUUAUAACUUAAUAAAUGCAUUAUCCCAUA